AAAAAUCGACUGACAACAAGCCCUUCCCUCUUACCAAAAUUUGACAGGAGUCUCUGUCUCACUCUCGCUGUAUUCGUUCGUCUGGGCGCUAUGCAAGGAGAUCCUUCGAGACCCGCAACCGGUUACCCAGUCCCCAACGGUUUCCCGCCGCCCCAACCCGGCGUUGCCUACCCUUACCAGGCACCACCGCCACAAUCUUACCCUUACUACAAUCCCCAGCCCUACCCCUACCCUUCCUCCUCCUCAACCAGCUUCGCCCGCCGCUUCCUCACCGCCAUGAUCGUCGUCUUUUUCCUCAUUGGCGUCUCCAUCCUCAUCCUCUGGCUCGUCCUCCGCCCCCGUCUCCCCGCCUUCCAAGUCGACUCUCUCUCCGUUUCCAAUUUUUCCUCCGGCUCCAAUUACUCCUCCUCCAUCACCGGCUUAUGGAACGUCGGGUUCUCCGUCUACAACCCCAACAAGAAGAUGUCCAUCUCCUACGAGGAAGUUCAAUCCCUCCUCUUCUAUAAAUCGGAGCUCAUAUCCCAGACGCGUAUCCCACCGUUCAAACAGGGGAAGCGGAAUCAGACGGUUAUUGACGCGUCCUUCUCCGCCACCGCCACCUACGUGCACAGAUGGGUCGUGAAUGAUAUCAGCGGUGACAGGGCAGGUGGUUCUGUGAGCUUCAGUGUGAUUGUUGAUGCUAGGGUUCAGUUCCGAGCAGGCGGUUGGAGGGCGAGGAAUCGGUUGCUUAGGGUCUUAUGUGAAGGUUUGUCGGUCGGUAUCUCCUCCAAUAGUAGCGGCUCUGGGACGCUCGUCGGUGGAGCCAAGGACUGCAGGGUUGGUUUGUGAGUAAAUAAAUAGGGCUUUCUCACUGCUAGUUUUGUUUGAUAAAAUUAUCAGUAUCUCCAUAUUUAAAUGGGGGAUUUGUUUAAAUAUGAGGAAAUAAUCGUAAUUCUCUUUUACAUUUGAAUUAGUAUGAUUAGUUGUACAGUUUCUUCAGUUGUGUUCUGUAUCGGUUCAUGCUGAUAUCGCAUUGCGGAGUCAAAUGUAUAGGUUUUAACGUUUGUUAUCUUUGAACGUAUUUUGAUUUUAUUUUGAAAAAAUGUAGUUUUUGUAUGCCUUUUCAUUUGGAACUUGGGAAUUAGUUUAGUUUAAAUGGUGAGAAGUGCAAAAUGAAGAGAAAUCGGGUAUCAUGGAAUGAAUAAAAGCAAAUUGUUGCUGCGA